ACAGGCGACGACGGCCCCGAGGAUCAUGCCCGCGGACUGCGCCGACGUGCCCACGGCCGUGCACAGCGCGACCAGGAACGGCUUCCGCUCCGGCGGGAACGUGCGCAGCACGAGCGCGAUGCCCGAGGGCCCGUCCAUGGCGCCGCCGACGCCCGCGGCCGCGCGGCACGCGACCAGCGCCGGCAGCGACGGCGCGAGGCCGCUGCAGAGCUGCGCGGCCGCGCGCACGGCCAUGCCCGCGUACCAGAGCCGCCGGUGGCCGACGACGUCGCCGAGGAGGCCCGCGCCGGAGUUGAGCGCGCAGGUCACGAGGCUGUGCGCGAGGCUCACCCAGAGCACGGACGACAGCGACGCGUCGAGGUCCUCGGCGAUCUUCGGCAUGACGAUGAUGAUGACGCUGCUCGUCGCGUUCAGCAGGAAGGACGACGCCGCGACGACGGCGAAGCGGAGCCAGCGGCGGCCGACCGAUGGCAACGCGGCUUCGCCGUCGAGCGCGCCCGCGAGGCUCUCGUCGGCCUUGGCGGCCUCGAGGGCGCGCGCGUCGACGCAGGGCUCCUCGGCAGCCUCGUCCGCUGCCGUUGACGACCUUGGUGCUGUUGUCAGGGCCGUCCUGGUACUUGCCCUCGGCGACGAGUUGCUCGACCUUGUAGGCGCCCCAGUUUCCGCCGUGCUUGGAGUCGUCGAGGCCCGUGGCCUCGACCUCCGCGGUGACGCGGAGCUGGCCCAUGGCGGAGAGCGUGCCGAAGAGGAGGGUCAUCGUCGAGCCGACCCACGCCACGAUGACGCCGAUGCAGGCGAAGGCGGCCACGAGGGAGCCCGACGCCUUGCCGCCGUAGAAGACGCCCGCGCAGUCGUCCUUGCGCUCGCUGUAGUACGACACCGUGUAGUAGUAGGGCGUGGCGAAGAGGGCGGCGGCGACGACGCCCCACAUGCCGCAGGCGCCGUGGACGGCGAAGGCGUCGACCGCGUCGUCGAUGCCCGCCUUCUUGACCGCGGUGGACGCGGCGACGUAGACCGGGCCCGCGAGCGCGCCGACGAUGACGGCGCCCGCGGGCGAGACGACGGCGCAGGGCGACGUGAUGCCGACGAGGCCCGCGAGGACGCCGUUGUAGACGUAGCCCGGGUCGAUGUAGUGGAACCUGAUGUAGCCGAUCAAGGACGUCGAGAGGCAGCCGGCCGCGGCGCCGAGCGUCGUCGUGACGGCGACGUGGGCGGCGGACUGGGCGUAGCCGUCGAUGUAGAGCGUCGAGCAGCAGUUGAAGCCGUACCAGCCCAUCCAGAGGAUGAAGAUGCCGAGCGCCUGGUAGACGGGCUGGCCCUCGGGGAGAUUGUCGGGGAAGCCCUUGCGGGCGCCCAUGAACUUGGUGGCGACGAUGGCGGCGAUGCCGCCGGUCAUGUGGACCGUGCCCGAGCCCGCGAAGUCGAUGACGCCGCAGCCGCCGAUGAGGCGGCCCGCGGACGCGUCGUCGGCGUCGUCGUUGUGGGGGCGGCUCGAGAGCGAGCGCCAGGCGGAGAAGCGGCCGGCGCCCCACAUCAUGUGGACGACGGGCGGGUAGACGAAGCCCGUGAGGACGACGGAGUAGAUGGCGUAGGCCGUGAACGUCGCGCGCUCCGCGAUCGCGCCGGAGACGAUCGUGCAGCCCGCGCCCGCGAGGUCCAGCCGAAGAACCAGGAGGCAAAAAGGCCCCGGGGCGCACGCGUCGAAGAUGUUCUUGACGAGGAUGUUCUUGGUGUUCUUCUUGGAGACGGAGCC